GAAAGGAGAGGCAGCGAAUGGGAGAGAAGAGUCGCAGGCGGCGGCGCGCACUGUUCCACCGGAUUGUACUUGAACGGGGGUUUGCGGUUUGGCAGGUUUAUACACAUCAAAACAGAACAAAGAGAACAGGCGCUACGGCGCUAGAAAAGAAGAGAGGAGAGAAAAGAAUAAAAGCGGAGGGAAGAAAUCUCUGAAUUACAAAAGAGCUGACUGAGGACACUCUCUGCUCAUGUUUUUCCCACAUGCAAAGGAGACGUUUUCUGGGACUUGGAAGAAUUCAGGAAAGUUUUUGUUUUUUUCUGACCACCGAAAGUUUGUUUGGGACGCUGCUUUCUCUCCCUUGAAUUUCAAUCAAAACUUUCGGACUGCGCAUGGUUUCAAAGGGCUUCUGAUGAACUGGAAUUAAUUUCAGCGACGUGCAGGCAGACGAGUCUGAGCUAGAAUGGUGUAAAUACGGAUUUUGCUCCGCUUCCUGACGCUGGUUGUGAAUCUCCUCUUUUUUCAUUUAUUUGUUUUAGUUUUUUUCCUGCGUGUGCCGAUGUUUUUAUUUUAUUUUAUUGUUUUGCCAAAAAGCUGCAAAUACUUUUAAAGUUUGAAUAAUUCAUGAGAUACAAUUUGCUUGCACGAAAGACUGUUUGAAAAAGCAAAGAGAGAGAAAGGGAGGGGGGGUCAGACACAAACAUAUUCAUAAGGGUUGACGGAAUGGCCACCGCCGCUUCCAAUCCUUAUCUACCCAGCAAUAGCAUCUUAUCGUCCGGAUCCAUCGUGCACUCUGACUCCGGAGGUGGUGGCAUGCAGCCGGGCAGCGCUGCGGUUACCUCCGGGUCUGGGGGGUACAGGGGAGACCCCUCGGUCAAGAUGGUGCAGAGUGACUUUAUGCAAGGCGCGAUGGCAGCCAGCAACGGGGGGCACAUGCUGAGCCAUGCCCACCAGUGGGUCACGUCCCUCCCGCACGCGGCGGCGGCCGCAGCAGCAGCCGCGGUGGCCGCAGCUGAAGCUGGCUCCCCCUGGUCGUCCAGCCCCGUCGGGAUGACGGGCAGCCCGCAGCAGCAGGACGUCAAAAGCUCCGCCAGAGACGAUCUGCACACGGGCACCGCGCUGCACCACAGGCCGCCUCACCUAGCACCCCAUCACACGCACGCCGGGGCUUGGGGGAGCACGACUGCGCACAUUAACUCCAUAUCCGGGGGGCAGCAGCAGCAGCAGCAGUCACUCCUUUACUCGCAGCCGGGAGGCUUCACUGUGAACGGCAUGCUGAGUCCCGGCAGCCAGAGCCUGGUGCACCCCGGGCUGGUGAGAGGCGACACACCGGACCUGGACCACGGCAGCCACCACCACCACCAUCACCACCAGCACCCGCAUCACCAGCACCACGGCGGCGUCAACAGCCACGACCCGCACUCGGACGACGACACGCCGACGUCGGACGACCUGGAGCAGUUCGCCAAGCAGUUCAAGCAGCGGCGGAUCAAGCUGGGCUUCACGCAGGCGGACGUGGGCUUGGCUCUGGGCACCCUGUACGGGAACGUGUUCUCCCAGACCACCAUCUGCAGGUUCGAGGCUCUGCAGCUCAGCUUUAAGAACAUGUGCAAGCUGAAGCCUUUGUUGAACAAGUGGCUGGAGGAGGCCGACUCGUCCACGGGGAGCCCCACCAGCAUCGACAAGAUCGCGGCGCAGGGCAGGAAGCGAAAGAAGCGCACAUCCAUCGAGGUGAGCGUCAAGGGGGCUUUGGAGAGCCACUUCCUGAAAUGCCCCAAACCCUCGGCGCAGGAGAUCAGCUCCCUGGCGGACAACUUGCAGCUGGAGAAAGAGGUGGUUAGAGUCUGGUUUUGCAAUAGGAGGCAGAAGGAAAAACGGAUGACGCCCCCAGGAGUGGCGCAGACGCCGGAGGAUGUGUACUCUCAGGUCGGCAAUGGGCAUUUUUUAGUAGAUUACUUAAAAGAUGAAGCGAGCGACCAGAGGGUGACAACCACAAGUUCAUUCCACCAGGUAAUUCUGGCUCAUUGAGACUCCAGGAAGUUUGCUUUCAAUUUGGGUUUUCUCUUAAAAAAACAACCUUUUAUGACCCUGUUUUGGUUUUUGAAACAAAAGCCUUUUUUGUACAUUUAGGACUGAAUGAACUGCAGCCCCUGUUUUUGUUUUAUUUUUUUAAUUCUCCAACAAGAAGAGGCUUCCAUCUUUUUCUCUCACCCAUGUGGAGGAUUAUUAUUUUUUGAGGCCCUCAGAAAUGAAGAAAGCAUACAUAAAUAAAAAAAAGACUGAUCUGAAAGAUCUUUCACGUGGCUUAUUUUUCCACCAUGAUUAUAAUUAUUAUUCUGCUCAUUAUUUAAAGGACAGUGGAUUUAUUUUUUUUCUUCAGUUUUUUCUUCUCCCUUGAAUACUUUUUUUGUUUUCCAACAAAACGGACAUUUAAAGACUUCAGCUGCACUUAUUUGAAGAAAAAUAAUUUGUUGCCAAGUGUGACUGAUUAUUGCUGCCCUUUGUUAGCAGUGUUCUUUGGUAAUAAAUUAAAAAAACUCUGUAAAGUCGGCAAUAUAGAGAUCAGAUUCUGAUCUGAGUUUAUAUUUUUCAUCCUAAAUGACUUGUUUUAAUAUUUUAUUUGGAUGGAUUAUUCCACUUGGUAAUUUAUUUCCCCCCUAAUCCUUUGUGUAGGAAUCUUCCCCCAUUUCCCCCCCAUUCUCUUCAUUUCCGGUUUUUAUUAUUAUUAUUAUUAUUAUUAUUAUUAUUAUUAUUAAUAUAACUAUUAUUAUUAUCAUCAUUAGUAGUAUUCUUGAAGGAGCACAAUUCACCACAGCUGACCGUUGUUCUUAUAAGGGUAUAUUUUGAUGUGAUCAUUUAUAAAAAAACAUUUCUUUUUUUGGAUUGUAAUUUAAUUUUACAGUAGUGGUUCCGUACGAGCUGAUUGAGACAAUAAAUUUGUUAGAAUGAAACGCAAAAA